AUGGGCUGGUUUAGCAAAACGAAGCCAAUGGACGAUCAGUCCAAGCCUCCAAUGCGGUCUUCCAGAAAACAGUGCUGGGAAGCCCGGGACGGGUAUUUCCGCUGCUUAGACAAUAUAUCGGUCGUGAACGCCCUGGAUCCGAAACAUCAAGAUGCGAUCAAAAAGAGCUGUCAGGCCGAAGAAACCAAGUUUGACCAGGACUGUGCGACCAGCUGGAUCAAGUACUUCAAGGAAAAGCGAGUUGUGGAUCAUAAGCGCGAGAAGUUCAUGCAGGAAAUGGAAAGCAAAAACGCUCAACAAAUCGACCUUUCCGGCAUGAUAAGAAGAUGA